UCGACACUGUCUUCUGAAAAGCGUUCGGAUAACACGGCGAAUAUCUCCGGCUCUGAUUUUAUUUGAUACAUAUGAUAAUAACAUCAUAAAGGAGUUUUUUUCAACAGAGUUUUAUCAGUUUAUUCAACGUUUAUUGGGACUUUUGGAGUUUUCCGUUCUUUGCGUUGAGAGGAUGGGAAUGUUAGCAACCUUGGCUAGCAUUGUGGUGCGAAUUCGACAGAAGAAAUGGACAUUCUAAAACUAAACAACGAUUUAUUCUGGACCAAGGACUCCUUGUAUGGUAAAUAUUAUGCUGUCCUUCCUCUCUCUCCUCGGCUGCUAAGUGCGUGACUGUGAGUGAGUUGGUUCGGCCCUCCUUCACGCAUCUUUGGUUCAUUGGUUGACACUGCGUGUCUGACUGACAGGAACAACAGACGUCUUUGAUUUCAAUGGGUAAUGGGCUGAAUAAGGUGCUGCCUGACUUGUACUUGGGGAACUUCAAAGAUGCGAGGGACAGGGAACAGUUAGCGAGGAACAACAUCACACACAUCCUCUCUAUCCAUGAUAGAGCAGCCCCUAUCCUGCCGGGGAUGACCUAUAUGUGCAUCUCAGCAGCAGACCUGCCCACACAAAACCUGAGAAUGCACUUUAAACAGAGCAUCAUGUUCAUUCACGAGUCACGUCUCAAAGGAGAGGGUUGUCUGGUCCACUGUCUGGCGGGUGUGUCUCGGAGUGUCACCCUGGUGGUGGCCUACAUCAUGACGGUGACAAGGCUGGGCUGGCAGGAGGCUCUGGCUGCUGUGAGGGUGGCUCGGCCCUGCGCUGGGCCCAACCUGGGCUUCCAGCGCCAGCUCCAGGAGUUUGAGACCAAUCACGCUGACCAGUUCAGGGAGUGGCUUUGGCAAUUAUACAAAGAGAGGCCCUUCAACGACGAGGAUGACAUCCGCAUCCUGUUGGCCAAGAGUUUCAAACCCAAUGGGGUGGGGGUGGAGGGGAAUGUUGAGCCGUCCACACCUCCAGGAUUGCAGGGUACCUGAGAUCCCUUAUCCAGGUCUAUUUCCUGUUUGUGUUGUGAAAAGGAAGCCUUGCAUGACAGCAGUAAAAACAACCUUUCCAGCCCCCUCUGUCAGCAUUGGAGGG